AUGGAUACAGGAGAGAGAUCUCUCCAUUCCACAAAUGUUGCAGUUAUUAGGGAAGUUUAUGACAAUGAAUUCUCCCAAGCUUGUUUUUCUAUGGAAUUAGAAAAGGCCUUAGAGAGUCGUUGUUCCAUUAUUGUUAUAGAACCCACACAACUUGGGGAUGAAACUGCUAGGUGGAUUAGUUUUGGAAAUUACCUGCACAAAACGGCAGUUCUAUCUGGGUUGACUUCCAUUAUUUCAGGAUUUGCCUGGCCAGAUAAUUUUGUUCCUCAAGCACCGUUAAGUAUUAUUUCUUCAUUAUGUACUGGAUUGUAUACAGUUUCUUGGCAGUUUGAUCAUUGUGUCAAAUACCAGGUUGAACGAGAUGUGCGAAAACUAUCCAGAUUACCAAUUUUGGGAGCAUUAACAUCAGCAUCUCCAGUAGUUUUAGUGCGCAAAGACAAUACUAAACGAAUUAUUGUACAUUGGGCAGUUACGUUGGCAUCUGCGUCACUUUGCAUAUAUAGGUUAUAUCGUACAAUGAAAUAG